AUCAUUAUACGUAUGCAUUUUUAAAUAUGUUUUUUUUUGUAUGAACACUCGCUGUAUCUUCUUUGUUGAUAUUUUGCGAGAGGGGAAAUUUUCAUUUGAAGAAAAUAUUCAUAUGUCCUUCAUAUUAAAACAGAUGUGAUGAAAACCCACCUACACUAUUUCAUUAUGUUCUACUUCCAUAUGGAAGGUAUAGCUCUGAUUGACGUUAUACGACGACAAGAUGGCGACGUAGAAAAGAUUCUCUCGUGUAAAGGAGGCACGGUUGUAGCACGACAUGAUGAAACGCACACCUUGUUUUGUGCAAAUAACCUCAAAGAAGCAGGCUGCGACUUAGUUUUUUUCAAUUCAAUGAAUGUCGGAUUUGUUCCAAGUGAUCGUACCUCAUUCACUGGAUACGAAAUUACAUCGUUAACAGGGAGCUUAUGUCCUGGCCACAAUCAACCAAGUAUUGGUGACGUUUCCGUACAAGAUUACCCGAAGAACUUAAACGCAAAUGUUUGGAGCGACAAAAUCGAAAGUGUUAUGGUUAAAAAUUGCUUAAAUUUUACAGACUUCCAAAUAAAUAAGAUAAAAGUAGAAUUUCCGAAACAAUUUCCAGGUCUUCUGUUAAAGAUAGUUGUAAACUGUAGUAAUAAUCAAGUUGUGAAAAAUGAUGACGAUGGCAGAAAUUGUGUGAUGGUGAAAUAUGAGGGUUAUAGUAAAUAUCCCCUAACAGAACAAAACUUCGGCAUACCAACAACACCUGCAGUUACCACAACAACCAGUACGACAGUCGGUGUUGCUGCUAUCAAAGAAGAUGAUGACGACACACUGAUAUACGCUUUACUUGCGUCUCUUACUUGUGGUUUCUUUCUAAUGGUUAUCUUCAUUACCGUCGUUGUGAUAUGUAAAAGAAGAAGGAGGAAGAGAAUGCAAGGGUCAAGUAACAACAGGAGUGAGGACGUUGAAAACCAACAACAACAACAACAACAACAACAGCAGCAGCAAAUACAGGAAGAACAAGACAAUGAACAGCAACAACGCCGAGAACACAAGCAAAGGAAAAAAGAAAUUAGACAAAGACAGAAACAACAAAAAAUACAGGAGCAGCAGCAACUAAAACAGAAAGAACAACAAAAACGGAAACAAAAACAGCAAGAGAAACAAAAACAACGAAAACAACAGCAACAACAAAAAAGAAUUGGAAAGCAGCAUAAUGUUCAACUUCAUGAUGAACAUGUGUUGCAAUUCUCACCUGUCAUCAGCACAGACAGCAGAACUCCAACAUUCUCUAACACAUAUGCUAUUGAAACCAGUGGCGCUCAUAGAAAAACUGAUAUUUACAUUGGCGAAGACAAUGCUGAUUCAAUACCAUCUGACGACGGUCACGUUAUAGCAACUACAUCCACUGCAUCUCCUUCCGUAAGAACGUCAAAAAAUAUGGAUAAAUUUAAAAUGCAGAAAGUGAAAUUUGGUCGCGGUAAAAGAACUACUACUCCAAAAAUAACAGAUAAUUAUUUUACAGAAUUUAAUCUUGAAAAUAGUUCUAGCAAUAAUAAUAAUGUUAAUACUAAUAACACGGAAGCUCUUCAAAACGACUAUAUACCUGCUGAAGACAUAGUAACAUCUUCACCCAGGAAUAAUUUAAAGAACAGUGAACAUAUAACACAUGUGGAACAAAGUAAUGUUGAAUUUCAUAAACAAGCGUUUAGCAACGAUGAAGAUACAACUAAAUGUUUAGAAAGACUUGAUAAUCUCCAAGAAAAUUGUGGAAAUUCCCAAAUAAAUGACGCUUAUGACGAAGAUGGCAGUGAAGAGCGGAUAAAACCACUUUACGCGGAAGGUCAAUUACCAGCUGAUCGAGAGGAAGAUGAUCUAGCCACCUCUGAAAGUAUUGAAGCUAUGUUUUCAUUUAGUAACGAACUCGAGAAUAGUAUUGAUGAAAUUGCUAGUGAAAGAGAAGAAGAAAAAGACGAAGAAGAAAUGACAAAAGAUGAUGAGGAAGUUGAUUUCAGUUCUUUUCUAACGAGGAAAAAACAUAAAAGAAAUCCUUUAUUCAACAUGUCAAACACUGAAGAGGAGAAAACACAAGAUAUGUUAAUGUUUUAAAAACAUAUCAUUCAUUUUAAAUCACUUAUCAAGUCAUUUUUAUCCAAAAAUAUUCAUCACUAUAUA